AUGCUCCCGAUGCCCUCAUGGUCUGUAAACAUGUCGGACUCUGCGACAGACACCAAGAGCGAUGUCCCAACCACAAGAAAGUGUUUAUCUACAAGAAAGGCACUACAGGACGUCCUCAAAAAAGUGUUGCCUGCGAUAGAGGGAAACCACAACAUAAGUAGCGAGGAUGCUGCUAUCGAAGAUGUGACGGUAGACUUUCUCGCAGAGGGCGGCUACAACUACGUGUGGCUUGUUUCGUUUUCUUCAAAACCCUCUGAACAAGAUGGUACAACUUCCUUGCAUACAGCCAUACUCCGCGAGCCAAACGACGAUGCAUUCUUGCCGUGGCAGAUCGAAAAUGAAGUUGCCCACCUCACUUUCAUUGCCAAAGACCAUCCCUCGAUCCCAGUGCCCAAAGUCUACGCGUAUGACGAUGGAAAAACCGGGAACGAGCCUUACAUCAUGAUGGAGUAUAUUGAUGGGCAGCCUCUGGGUUCAGUAUGGACUGCAUACUCUGAGGACGAGAAAUUGGCAGCUGCCCGACAAGUUGCCCAAAUAAUAAUCGAAAUGGGCUCAAUCACAUUCGCUCGGAUCGGCGGUCUGACCUUGAACCACGAGAUUGGGCCAACGGUGGAGGGCAUGAAGUUGUUCAAGGGUCGAGACAAAUUCCAUUCGCCAGACUGUUACGACAUAGGACCUUACCACUCAACGCACGCUUACGUCCUCGGCUGCUACGACAAAGAAGUCUACUACUAUACCCAUGCUCCUGACAGUGAUAUUGAUGAAGGCUGGUUUGACGUCGUGACAAGAGACACAUUCAUCAAAUCUUUACGAGAGACUCGGGACAGACUAGCCUCAACCCCAUCAACGUUUCUCCCAGAGCAACCAUUCACCCUAGUUCACAACGACCUCAACGGCCGCAACAUCAUGAUGCGGGAUAAGAAGAUUGCGGCGAUCUUAGACUGGGAAUUUGCAGGUAGCUACCCGCUGAGUGAGAUGCUGGAAGGCAGAGGUGUGGAUCUGCUGGAAAUAGUGGAUGAUGAGACGGAGGAAGAGAACAGCGCUUGGAGUCUCCGCAUGGAGGAGCUAGUGGCCGAGGCGGCGAGAGCAAGAGGAUGGGAUGAGGGGAGGGUAGAAUUGUUAGUUGGGAGGGGAAACGAGGAGCUUGGUCUGGCGAGGAUAGAGAUGGUUCCCGAGUUUUUGGCUAAAGAUGCAACUGAUAUUGGUGCCGGCGACGAUGCUGACAAUGGUGUUGGAGGUUCCUGA